AUGAAUAAAGGUAACACACAAAAUGUUAAAAAAGCGGCCCCUUGGACGUAAUUUAAAAUCUGAAACCUUUCAGAUAUAUAUAUAUAUAUAUUUUAAUAUAGGGAUAUGUUUAUUAAGUUUUUCAGUGUGGGAGAUAUGAAAAACUCAACUGUUACCUCCGUGAGGAUUCGAGCCAAGGAUUCAUUUGCUAGCUGCGUGCUGAUCACUUGCGGUGGAAUUCAGUAAUUCCUUAUAAAAUUUCGUUAUUUAAUUGUUAUAUAAAUCCUAUAUUAUUAUAAGAAUAUAUAUUAUAAUAUCUUAUAUUAUUAUAAGAAUAUAGGUUAUUUAAAUUAUUAUAUAAAUUCUUAUAAAAUUUCGUUCAAAAAUGUUGUGACUAGAACCGUAAAAAUCCUCAGACUAAUCCGUGGAAAUUUUUGGAAAAUUGCUUGGAAACAAACAAUUCGAAUUUGUUUUUGCAAAGAAUGUAUGAACCAUGAAUUUAUAUUAUAAUUUUGCACUGUUAUUUUGGUACAAAAUAGGAUUUUUUAAGAAUAAAUUUUUUUUUAAACGCUUGGAUUAUAAACUCCCAUCCCCGAACCAAUAGCGAAUCUGUAUUUUCAGUUAAUCUGCGGAUCCACCUAAGGCCGGUAACACUGGUAGUUCGACUCGGGCGAACGGGCUUGCCCUAUGAGUAACAUGAAUACAAACCAGUUUAUUUUAAAACUUUCUUCCGAAGGUGUCCUGUGUAGGAAGAUAACCCUCGCGAAUUUUACUGUAAUUGAAAUAAUCCAAUCCAGUCAAUAAAUUUACACUACUGAGUGUUUUACCAAUUAAUUUAUCGUGGCUUUUCUUAUAUUAACCGUUGAAAAAGAUGAACAAAAGUUCCAAUUUUCUAAUUCAGCGCGGGGCCACGUAUACGCGGGCAAUACCAAUACAAUUGUAAUUUUACUUUGCUAAUUAAAAUUAGUGCAUGAUAAUCAAAUUUACAUAAUAACUCUUUUUACAUGAUGACUACCUGCAUAUAUUCAGCUAGCAUGUCCCUAAAUAGUGAAAUAUUUACACCCGUUUUUCGUGCUCUAAGUUAUUACAAUGCCCUGCACUUGUAUUUUUAAUUUGUGUAAUUAAUUCUCCUUAUCGGACUACAUAAACCUGUUUCAAGAACACGGAAAUUGACCCCGACGUAUCUCGAAAGGCCUGGUGGGGAAACAUAGCAAUGAAAACAUAGAAUUCAUCAAAUAAAUGAAUAAAUAAAAGCUCGCUUUCAGACCAUAAUAAGUAAAGCGUUUUUAAAAACCUACACGCAUAAUACAAAACCCACAAACGGCGGUCACAUUUAUAAAGCGGAGUGAGUGGCUGUCAUCUGCAUACCAAACGUAAUUGUUGAAGGUCGUCAGGUGUCAAAGCUCUUGAAAUCUUGCUUGGGACGAAAAAAUAUAACGAACAAAAAAAAAAAAAAAAAAAAAAAAGUUCUGAAAACGAAACGAGAAGUGUGGUUGGUAUGUGAACUCACGAACGCCUACUGUGGAUUUAGAAGAUAAUGUCUGCCGGGAGUGUCGUCUUCCAUUCGAAGGAAAUGGAAAUUGCCGUCGAUGAAACUCUAGAAAUCGCUCAAGCGGACGGUAUGGAGUUUUCCUUUGGAGGGUAGUUAGACGACAGAGCGAUUUUGAUCGUUUCGUUGUGUAAUGUGCCGUACCUGUUUGCAGACGUGUUUUCCUGAGGUAUGCUGUGGAUUUCUCUCAAAAAGGACAUCACCAAGAAGAUAAUGAGAAGUAAAAGUUAUAUGAAAGAGGCCCUCCUACAAAGUCGGCCUUUACCCGAAAUCCCUGGCCUGUUGGAGGAUGCAUCUGCUGGUCUUCCACUAAGUGUUGAAACUGCAUCACGAUGGAUGUCCAAAGAGAAUCUUUUACUCCAAGAGGAUGCCGACCCUCAAGUGUUUGUGGCUUUGUAUGAUUUUCAGUCUGGAGGAGAGAAUCAGUUGUCUUUGAAGAAAGGUGAACAAGUUCGAGUUCUGUCUUAUAAUCGGACAGGUGAAUGGUGUGAAGCACAGUCGAGAACUUGUCAGGUGGGCUGGGUGCCAAGUAACUACAUCACUCCUGUCAACAGCUUAGAAAAGCAUUCUUGGUAUCAUGGGCCCAUCUCUCGUAAUGCAGCUGAGUAUUUGUUGAGUAGUGGCAUAAAUGGCAGCUUCCUGGUCAGAGAGAGUGAAAGCAGCCCCGGUCAAAGGUCUAUUUCACUGCGGUAUGAAGGAAGAGUCUAUCACUAUCGUAUCAGUGAAGAUACUGAUAGCAAGGUUUUUGUGACUGCAGAAUGCCGGUUCAAUACUCUAGCAGAACUUGUUCAUCAUCAUUCAAUGCAUGCUGAUGGUUUAAUAACUCUCCUACUUUAUCCUGCACCAAAGCGUAACAAGCCUACUGUAUUUGCUUUGAGCCCUGAACCUGACGAAUGGGAAAUAGACCGCACUGAUAUCGUCAUGAAGCAUAAGCUAGGUGGUGGCCAGUAUGGUGAUGUGUAUGAAGCUGUCUGGAAGCGAUAUAAUGUUACUGUUGCUGUGAAGACAUUAAAGGAAGAUACAAUGGCUUUAAAGGAUUUUUUAGAAGAAGCAGCAAUUAUGAAAGAAAUGAAACAUCCAAAUCUAGUUCAACUUCUGGGUGUUUGUACAAGGGAACCACCAUUCUACAUCAUAACAGAAUUUAUGCCUUGUGGGAAUCUUUUAGAUUAUUUACGAAAUGCUAAUCGGGAAGAAAUAAAUGCUGUAGUGCUUAUGUAUAUGGCUACUCAAAUUGCUUCUGCUAUGUCAUAUCUUGAGUCUCACAGCUUCAUACACAGAGAUUUGGCUGCUCGAAACUGCUUAGUUGGAGAAAACCAUUUAGUGAAAGUGGCAGACUUUGGAUUAGCAAGACUAAUGAGAGAUGACACUUACACUGCUCAUGCUGGUGCAAAAUUUCCCAUUAAAUGGACAGCUCCUGAAGGCCUGGCUUAUAAUAAAUUUUCUACAAAAUCUGAUGUAUGGGCAUUUGGGAUAUUAUUGUGGGAGAUUGCUACUUAUGGAAUGUCGCCGUAUCCAGGUGUAGAUUUGACAGAUGUUUAUCACAUGUUAGAAUCAGGCUACAGGAUGGAAUGCCCUCCAGGUUGUCCCCCUAGAGUUUAUGAGCUGAUGAGACAGUGUUGGCACUGGGAACCUUCAGAAAGACCAACAUUUAAAGACAUUCAUUUAACACUUGAAACUAUGUUUCAAAAUUCUAGUAUAACUGAAGAGGUUGAAAAACAAUUGGAACAGCAGACUCCUCCAUCAACUUUUAAAAAACAUGGUGGUAGUAGUUCAAAUAUCCAAGCUUUAGCUACAGACGAAAAUGACCAGGGAAACCGUGGCAGUACUCAAUCAAAGCAGACAGUAGUUCCUGUUGCUAAAUCCACCAUUGUUCAGUUAAGGCGUUCUGGACCUCGUAGUAAAACAGCUCCUGUGCCUCCAAAAAGAACAAGUUCCUUCCGUGAUAGCACUUAUCAAGAUAAACCUAAUGGAGAAGAUGGGUCUGAAGGAUCUAAAGAAGCAGUCAAUGGAUUAGAAAAAGUUUUUGAAAAUAUUAACAAAGAACUCCAAGAUUUAAAUAGUAGUGCUGGUGAAACAGAAAGUGAUGUUCAAGAAAGAACUCCUGACACUGAAGAUUCUGAAAGUCAUACUGCAACUUCAGCUUUGAGUGUUCCAAAUGCUAUUCAAAAUUCAUCACAACAGAAACUGAAAAAGACUAGAACAUACCCUCCUAAUAUUCAACAGCGAAUGAAAGAUAAUGCUCAAACAAAUAAUAAGACACAGCCCAAAAAAGUCCAAAUCGCAGCUUUAGAAGUUCAAAAUGUGAAAAGAGCAAUAAAUCGAUAUGGGACUUUGCCAAAAGGAGCUAGAAUAGGUGCUUAUUUGGAAUCAUUAAGGCAGCAUGGUCUUCAUGCUGGCUCGCAGCCUGAACCUGUCUUAGAAUCUGAUUUAGAUGUAUUAAAAGAAGUGAGCUCAGAUAUGAUGUAUUCACAUACUAUGGAAGCUGGUAGUCAUCAGGGUAACUGUGCUACCUUAACAACAACAAAUAUCAAUAAUGCGCAAUUAGCAAACCUGCGUCAGAAUGCUGAUAUGUCUAGAUAUUUUUCUCAUGGUGUUUUACAGAGGCAAAAGUCUGAUUUAACACAUACAAAAUCAAGUGAAAUUUUUGAAACUGGAUCUAUUCCUGAAACUCACCACUUAGCUGUGAAACCUGUUCCUUCUCCUAGGCUACCGCGAAACAAAAAAGGUGAUCGUUACGCAUUAAAAACUGGUAAAUCUGAAGAUAAUAGCAAAAGUGCAAAAGAGCUUAAAGAUGCAGCUGGAGAGAGUGCUGCACUUUUUGGUGUUAAUUUGAAACACAGGGAUUCUGUUGAUGAUGAAAGGCUUAUUUCUAAUCAGUCUCCUCCACCAUUUGGAUGUGGUUUAGUUCGUCGGACAUUAAAAAAGCGCCCCAAGGAUCGGCCUCCUAGUCCGCCCAAGCAUACACUUGUCAAAAGUGGUUCAAUGGAUGAGCAGCUUGGGCGAAACAAUGAAAAAUCUCCAAUGUCUAAUUCUGCUUCAGAUCAUAUUCAAAGCCCUUCUGCAUCUUCCUUAGGUUCGAAUGCUAAUAGUCCUCAACAAACAAAAGAGCCAAAAGCCUGCACUGAUUUUCUUCCUUCAGGUGCAGUUGAACCAUCAUCUGAAUCUAACACCACUGAUAAUCCUCCAAGUGCUGCAGAUUUUCGACAAAAUCUAAAACCAAUAUCUAAUUCCAGGUACAAGGCAACUCCUGCACCCACUCCUCCAGCAAACCCAGCAGCUCAGUUAGUGUCAGAACUCUUUGAGAGCUUGAAAAUGAAAGCUCGCAAACGAGCUGUAGAAAUGGGUAAUACUUCUGCUCAAACUGUUGAGACUUCUCAAAAUAAUAAUGAAGGUGCCAUAACCAAAACAUCACCAAUUGAUCAGUCUCCGAAAAUUGAACUACAAGUUACUAAAGAAAAGUCGCCUCUCGAAAAUAACCCAUGUGAUAGCAUAGAAACUGCCAGUAUUACCACAAAUCAUGUAUCUGAAAAUCAUAUAGAUGUGGAUAAAAAAAGAAACAUAUAUUCAAAGCCUGUGUUAGAAAGGAUGUGUGCCUCUCUUGAAGAAGACAAACUUAAAGAUCAUAUUACCCCUCCUGUACAAAGAACAAGUGUCCUCUCUGAUGGAGAAAUUAAGCAUGAGACUACUGAAGUGUCAAAUCCAGAUAAAACCAGUGUUGUAGAAGGUGAAGAUGAGAAUAAAAGGCACAGUUCUGGUAGCAUAAGCAGCUUAAAAAAGUUGUGGGAGAAAGAAUCUGGUGGCCACAGUUUCGAAAAGCCACCUGAAGGUAUUAAAAAGAUAUGUCCCAAAAUCAUGACUCAGCAGCUUGAAUCAAGAAUGAAAAGAAGUUUUGAAAUGCCAGAUACACAUGAUCAAAAAAUUAGUAGUACUCAGUCUGAUUCUGGAGAGACAGAGAAAAGCUCUAGAAAUAAUUUAGUUUCUUGGAAAAGUUCCCCUCCUUUGCAAAUAAAAUCAAAUUCUAAUCACAUUAAAGAACCAUUACUCAUUUGUGAUGUCAAAAAAGAGGAUUUAAAGCAAAGUGAUAAUGCUUCUCAAUUAACAAGAUGUGAAUCUUCCGAGAAUGCAAAUGAUUCAGUUAUACAAAUUGGAAGUCUUUCAAAACCUCAGGUACCACAGAAACCACCUGUAAAGAGUUGUCGACCACUUGUACCAGUGACACCUGCUACAAAACCGGUAAAACCUGUUUUAAAGCCUCAGCUAUUCCCCAGGAGUGUUGUAAAAGGCCUUGACAGCCCAACAUCUCAGUCUGCUCCUGAUCAGCCAUCAAGGGAAAAGUCCCUUGAGAAAAAUGAAAAUGAAGAUAAUUCUAAGUCUGAACUUGCGAACACCAAAGCUUCUAUCAUAGAAAUUUCAAAUGCUUUAGAAAACAAUAUUGUAGGACUUAGGAAUGCUACUAGUAUUAGCAGCAUGAGUAUCAUUCAAUUAACUGAUAAAGUUCAGCUAUUUCGUACAUCUUGUUCUGGUUAUGCAGAAUAUAUACCUCCCCAUGGACGAUUUCGUUUUCGUGAACUUCUUUCUCGCCUGGAAAACCAAGGUGAGCAACUGAGGACAUGCAAUAGUAAUAACAGUAGUGAUAGUGCAAAGUUACUUUCAGACUUACAAAAUACAGUACGAGAUCUUGUGAAUGUUGUACAGCGAUGAUUAUUCUCUUUGUACAGUACUGCCUUUGUUUACUCUAUCAUCACAUAGCGCAUUUGAUGCUGACGAGUAAUGCGGCUUGAAAGUUUUCUAGUCGUGUAUCUAUUUGAACAAACUUGAAACCUGGUGUAACUCCUUGUCAGAACUGUGUGCCUGAGCAAAUCUGUCAAUUUGUUUGAAAUGACUUGUAAUAACUUGUAGAAAAAUACAUUUGACUUUUUAUACCUCAUUUUUACUUCUAAAAUAUUAUGUUGAAUCUUUUAUAUUCUGCUAAAUAUAUGUGAAGAGACUCAUAUUUCGUAAGAAGUUAUAGUGUAUCACUAAAUUUUUGGCACUUUAUAUUCUUCUGUUACAAAGUGAAAGAUAAAAGUUUAUAAGAUUUUACUUAACAUGAUUGAUGGCAGAACUUUGGGUGCAAGUUAAUUUUCGAGGAAGUUUUGUGAAAGAUGGAGGUAAAUUAAAUAGAGUUCUUGAAAAUUAUUUUCAAUUUAAAAAAAUGCAUAUUUGCAUUCUUUAAUUUUCUCCAAUCAUGUUUAUUUAAUUAUUUUUUCCCUUUUGAAAUAACAUGUAAGAGAAAAACUCCAUAAGCAUUCUUUUUCAAGUGCCAUGAAUUUUACAAUGGUACAUUUACAACAUUUUAGAAUUUGUCUUCUCUAACAUAUGUUCAUUUAUUUAUUUUAUUUUAACAAAGAUGCAGUUUCAAUUUUGUUUCUCACAUUUAUAUAGCAAUAAUUUAUAGAAUACGAUAAAUUAAUUUUAAAAUUUUGAAAUUUCUAAAUGAUUUUUAAAUGUUGGGGUUUAAAAUGUGUGCUAUUUAUUUAAAUGCAGUUAUAUCAUAAAAUGUGUUUCAACAGAAAAUUAAUAAUUAUGCAAUGAAAUUUAAAUUUUAGAAAAAUUAAUUUCAGUGUAAUAUAUACAUUUACUAAUGAUGCAAUAUUCACUUUACAUACCAAAUGAAUUCUAAAAAUGUAAAGUAUGUAAUAAAUCUAGAAGCUUUUUUUAUUGUGAAAAAGAUUGUCUGAUAUUUCAUGAAUAGUUAUUUAUGUGUUGUUUGCUUUUUUUCUUUAAUGAAAAGGAAUUGGAAAAAAAAUUUUUUUUUAAGAUAAAUAUUUAUUUAUAAUUAAUUUUCCUUGUUUGUGCUGCAAAUUUCAAAGGAAAGCUUACUUUCCAUGUAUCUUUCUUUGUACAUAAGUCUACUUGUGAAUAUGUAUUAUAUUAUUUCUGUAAAUUACCUUUCAAGACGUGUACUAAAGUUUACUAUAAUUUUUAUUAGAGUUUUUAGAAAAUGUGAUAGGUUGUUUGCUUCCUAAUUCAGUAUUGUAUUUGUGCGAUUUUUCUUCAUUUUUUUCCUUGCUAUUUAAAAUGAAAUUAUAACUCCACGUUCUUUUAAACAGUAUUCUUUUUAAGUAUUGAGUUAUGCAUUUGAAUAGGAAAUGGGUUGUCAGAGAGUUUAAAAAAAUUAAAUGCAGAAGAUUAAAUAAGUUUUUAAAUGAUUUUUAUAUUGUUCUUUUAAUCCAUUAAUGUUUGAAAUUUUGAAUAUAGUUUCUUUGCAAUAAAAUGAGAAAAUUUCUAUUUUAAAUUUUAGUGAUGGUUAAUGAAAAUUUUAAUUUUGAAUAUCUGUCAUUUGACCUUCUCAAAUUGUGAGGGGCACAGCCCCCAUUCUUUUUAAACUCUUAAAUGAACUUUUAUUCGACAUACAGAACUCUACUUCUAUUGCUAUAGAAGUAAUUCUGAAAUUAUAAUAACCUUAAAUAAUGCUUACUUUCUCUGGUGACUGCAGAAGCUAGCAUAUUGUUCUCUAAAUUAUAAUAGUUUAAUUUAUAAGCACAAUUUUUAUAAAAUGAUCUGAAUUUCAGUAUACUGGAUAGUUGUUGUGAGCUUUGAGAUCAAUAAACUAGUCAUAUGACUAGCUAAUAAUUGAUUUCUUCAACAUGUGUCAGUAUCACAUCAAACUACUACAUUGCAUUUAGUUUCUACAUUGCAAUUGGGUCUAUACUUCUUUAAUCAAAAAUAAAAUUUUUUGUUCAAGAAUGUCAUCCUAGGCAUUUCAGUUUUCAUAAUCUAAGUUACAGUGUAGUUACUUCUUUAUUUAAAUAUCAUGUUAAUUUCUAAAUUAUGCCUUGCCUUCUCUACUUGCUGAGCUGUACUGUUUCAGAAAAAGUUAAUUAAUAAUAAAUCUGCAUUUAUUAUUUGGUAGUGUUUGAAAAGGAGCAUCCUUUACCACAAUCCCAUAUACAUAUGUAAUAAAAGUAUUUAAUUGGGAUUGUUAUUUUAUUGGUAUUUAUAGGAAUUGUAUUUUUGGCAGGGGGCAUAUAAUCUCGAGAGUUGAUAUCUACAUGUUUAUUCCAUAAUUUGUUAUAAUUUUAAAGCAGUUUGAAAUUUAUGGGACUUAGAUUGUUCAAAAGUUCAUAUGUUUAAC